GAUUGGUACCUCCACCAAGCAAACCGUUUUUCUAGCAUGUGAACCUUAGGCCAUAUAUGUACAUAUAACAGAUCCCUCCGCCCGUUUCCGUCGCACGAAAGCCACUCAAGACAUCUGGUCCAGAUCUCUGCCCGAGAGUACCUCCGUCCAGUCGACGCACCACUACUCAAAGCCGUCUGCCCUUGAGUGCCUCCGUCCUUCACCCACGUCCUCCCUUGAGUUUCGAAUCAAGGGCUAAAGUAACAUGGAGGAGCAGUUCAUACUUAGAGUUCCACCAUCUGUUGCAGAGCGAUUAGACCGCCUUCUGAGUGAAAGCGAAAAUGCGUCAUCUUCUGAAGACAAAUCAUUGGAUUUGUCCUUUUCUGAGGAUGGGAAGAGCGGGACAUUCGUCAUUGCCAAUGAUCGUUUCCCUGCAUCUCUCCUGGAUCUUCCUUCUGUCGUGGAAUCAUAUAAAACAUAUGAUGACAGUGUGUUGAUCAAGACUGCAGACAUUGGUCAGAUGAUUAUGGUCAGAGAAGCAGGUGAUCCUGCUCCAGAUAUGGUGGAGUACAGACAUGGUCUCACCCCUUCUAUGAGGGAUGCUCGAAAGCGGAGAUUUCAGGAGCCAGAUCUAAAUCCUGAGCUUGUACAGCGUGUCUUGAAAGAUCUAGUGAAGAUCAACGCUGGUGCAACAGCCAAUAAUGCCGAUGCUGAAGUUGCUGAACAAGACGAAGAUGGAGAAGGAAAUGUUCGUAAUGUGAGUAAAAAACCUGCGCCUGCGCCUGCUGCAAAGACUGAUGCCCUAGAAGCUGGAACUAAUGCUGGGGAGCCUGACAGAAGCGACUCUGAUGAAUCUGAUGACUCAAUUUGACUUGAAGCUUCUUCUAGAAUUUAAAAGGUGUAUAGAAUUAAUAGGAGCUGUAUCCUGUGGUUCCUGUUUAGUUUGAAUAUUUCGUUGAAUAGGUAAUAUCUGUUUUUGAUUUAAUUUACUGAAUAUUUAGCUGUAUGCUGUUUGUCAUAAAUAAUUUUCUGUAGAAAGGUAAGAUAUCUUUGAGCAAACAUACGUUUUCAUUAAAAAUCACAAUAAUUCAUAUGCUAAGCUGUUGCUA